AUGUGCAUGGACAUUGUGCGUAACGGAGACGUUUACGAAGAAAACGGCGAUAAAUCUGACCUGCUUAUAUCCAUUCUCCACCCCGCGGCCAUCUACGGUCCGCCGUCAGCCUCUCUCCGGCGGCGGAACAAGACACAAGACGACAACAACACAGUCGUCUCGCGGCAUUUCGCUCAGGUGCGCAAUGCCUGGGACGAUGGCUGCCGCCUCGGUCAAGAUGAGGAGGUGAAGGCGCCGGCUCCUCCGUCGGGCCAUAAUCGUGACAACCAAGUCUGA